GAGCGCAAAGCAGCGUGGUUUCAGCAGUAAUGGCAAAAACAUCGUAAUACAGCUUGGAUUACGGAGCUAAUUAUCCAUCAAAAACUCCGCUAGAAGUCUCAAGCGGAGGAUAGCCGGCGCACGAGGACGAGAGGAGACGGCGAAACGGCCUCUCGGGCUUGUGGGUAAAAAACCUCACCUGUGACCGGAACCAUCGAUUUCUCCUGGUCUGGGACGAACGUGGAAACGCCCGGAUCGGGCCGGCCACGGCGAAUACGUUUCCGCUCGGAGCCUGAGGACCUGCUCUCAGCGAUGCCUCAGGUAUGAGUCAGCUGACCGGAGUACCUGUGCUUAGUGCCUCAGGUAAGAGUCAGCUGACCGGAGUACCUGCUCUUAGUGCCUCAGGUAAGAGUCAGCUGACCGGAGUACCUGCUCUUAGUGCCUCAGCCCAGCAUCAGCGGAAUGCACCCUCCGUUCGGGGAUGCGUUUCAGACCCACGGUUUUGCUGACCAGGUGCUGACCAGCACAGACCUGCUGGCUAGCAUCUCAGAUGCAGACUUCAUGUACGAGCUGGACAGAGAUAUGAGCUGCAGACAGAGCCCGAGGGCUGAUAUGCCCAUGGCGGGGGACUGCAGGGAGAUGGAGGCCAUGGAGCAGCAGCUGACGGGGGUUCUGGACGGAGACCCGGCCUGCACCUCCACCUUCGAGCAGUGGGACUCGUACUGGGAGGACGUCACCCACUACACCCGGCUGACCAGCUGCGACAUCUGGGGCUCCAAGGAGGUGGACUUCCUGGGGCUGGAUGACUUCUCCAGUCCUUACCAAGACGAGGAGGUCAUCGGUCAGACGCCCACGCUGGCGCAGCUCAACAGCGAGGACUCCCAGCCCGUCGGGGACACGCUCUACCACCCCGACCUGCUGCUGAGCCAGAAGCCCCACCCCCAUCCCGGCCCUGCCCCCGGGCCCGCCCCUGGCCCCGCCUCCUCACACGCCAAAAAGGCGCCUGCUAGGCUGUUAGCCGCCGGCGCCUGCUCCUCGUCCUCGGCCAGGAACCCCCUCCCGGAUUUCGCAGAGGGCUCCCAGAAGGCCACCUGGCCCGUGGCUUCCAGCACGGAGACCAUGUCGAAGGCCCAGGCUACAGGUCCCAAAAUGGCGUCCGUCCCCUCGGACACCAAGGACUACGUCCGCAAGGCCAGCGUCCGCGUCAGCGCGCCGAGACGCGCCACUCCCGUCGCCAUGCCGACCAGGCGAGCUGACGUCCGGGUUUCCGCGGAGACGGACGAUGCUAACGCUGUUACCGUGGCGAUGACAGCCGGCGCCCUGGUCGUACGGGAUACGAAACCUGAGAGGCCCCAACUUUCGGAAGCCCCCGUUCGAAUGGAGACGGCCGUUCCCCAGUCCGGAGAGUCCCAGAAACUGUUCCCCCCGGCGACAGGGGGGUGUCCCGGCCUGGUCCCCGCGGUAACCCUGGGCCCCGAAACCGGCCAGGACAAAAAGGAGGAGGAGCACAACUACUACCUGUUCCUCUCGCGGGGCAAGCUGGCGGGGAAAGAGGAGGCGGAUGCCGAGGAGGAGGAGGAGCAGGAGGAACAGGAGGAGGAAGAGGAGGAGGAGGAGGAGGACGAAGAGGAGGCCGAACUGGACGACGAGGGGUUCGGCAGCGAGCACGAGCUCUCAGAGAACGAGGAGGAAGAGGAGGAUGAGGAAGAGGAGGAGGAAGACGAGGACUACGAGGGGGAUAAGGACGAUGACAUGAGUGACACCUUCUCAGAAGCAGGGUGUGAGAAUGACCCGGGGGAGGGGGUGCGGAGCCUGACGGCGGUGAUUUCGAGGAAGAGGGGGAAGCGGCGCUACUUCUGGGAGUACAGUGAGCAGCUCCCGUCCUGCAAGCAGGAGCGCAUGCUGAUGCCCUCUGAGUGGGACAGAGACACGCUGCCUAGCAACAUGUACCAGAGAGGAGGCCUGCACCACGGGAAGUUUGCGGUGAAGAAGUCUCGGCGCACAGACGUGGAGGACCUCACCCCAAACCCCCGGAAGCUUCUGCAGAUCGGCAGCGAGCUGCGCAAGCUCAACAAGGUGAUCAGCGACCUGACGCCCGUCAGCGAGCUGCCCCUGACCGCCCGGCCCCGCUCCCGCAAGGAGAAGAACAAGCUGGCCUCCCGGGCAUGCCGGCUGAAGAAGAAGGCGCAGUACGAGGCGAACAAAGUCAAGCUUUGGGGGCUGAACACGGAAUACGAUCGACUGCUGUUUGUGAUCAGCGCCAUCAAAGAGGAGAUUGUGAGCAGAGUGGAAGCCAUCUCGAAAGACAAAGGAACAAACAUGGCCGACGCAUUGGAGUGCCUCAUCAGUGAAAAUCUCGUGAGGUCACCGGUCGCCGGGCAGACGUCAGACUUUGUGAACCAGAUCCUGGAGUCCACCAGCAAGGGGGACCCCACAGGGGGGCUGGUGGGGCUCCGCGUGCCCACGUCCAAAGUGUAGAGAGGCCUGGAGGGCCCGCGCCGGAGGCCCCGCGCUGGAGGGCCCACCCCUGGAGCGGAUCGACCCGUCCGCACCGUUCCUGUUCCCCAAACCUGUAAAAGGCGUCCCGUUUCUGCAUGCUCAUUCCAUCUAUAAGAGAUACCCCACAUGCCUAGUGUGAAUAUAUCAUACAUAUAUAUUAUGCCUUUUAAUUUGUUUGUAUAUUUAUAUUAUGCAAUUAUGCGGACAUGGAGAGAGUAGAGAUCGCUAGGGUUCAGGUGUGCGAGCGAUGUUUCUUUGCAUGUGGUUUGUAAACUUUAUCUAUGAGCCACCAGUUGCAAAUACGAAACCAGCAAAGAGAACCCAUACGUUCCUGGUAUUUUUCUUCAUUUAAACAAAAAGGAAAAAAAAAAAAAAGAAGGAAAAAAAAUUUGCACUCAAAUACAUUCAUGUUUUCGGUCAGUCCGUGCUAUAGCCCUUUCUUAUACUCAUAUAUCUCCCAGCCUGAGAAAGGUCUGCUUGCCACAGCGUCAUUUAAGUGGUGGUAGAAGAACAACCACUGUGGAUAUACUUAACCCCCAAAUAUUUCGCAAAUUCAUUUGCUCAGAAAAUGUCAGGUCACACCUGUCAAGUCUACAACUGUGCUAAGAACAAAAAAAGAAAAGGUAUACCGCUGUCCAUUUUCCAGUAAAGGAAACAAACAUUUAUGGGUUGUUGGGGAAGAUGCAACCCAGUGGCUGACCAACUGCAGCCAAGUACAAGUGCGUGAAAUGUUCAGAAGCAUGUAUCAGUUAUUAAUUUGCAGUAGCUGGGGCUGAAAAAACAGUGCUUUGCUGACAUUGGGGAUUUGUAUUGUGGAUUAGGAUGCAGUUGGCAAGCAGUUGGGUAUUUUUGAUAAAUUUGGCUUGAGCGUUCUUGAAGACUGCUUAGUGAAGUUCCGUUGCCUUCUCACCGUUGUAGAGUGGAGAGGAAUUAAAAUGGAGGACACUGAGGCAGAAACAAAAUGGCUGCCCCGGUGCUGUCAUUGGCCGAUGAGUCAAAAUGAUGAAAAUUCUGCCAAACGUUUUUAUUGAAAAUCACCGUAGACUAUGCGAACGGAGAGGAAGUUCCCCCAUUUGUGCUCAGUUUUGUAAAUGUACAAAAAGUAAUAAUCAUUGUGCCUUGUAUUUAAGAUUUAGUCAAGAGUGGAUUGCAGAACUCCCAGAUGUUUAAGAAAGUGUACUUUUUCACAGAAGCUGUGAGUAAGAGCCAGAGAGGAAUAUGCUUUGUGGAUUUUCUCAUUAUUUUUAGCUCUUCAAAAUAUUCUGAAUGUACAUAGGGAUGCAGAGGUUGUUGACAUGGGCCACAGAGUCUGUUUGUUGUAUCAUAAGAUGGCUCUCACAAAUGUUACUUUGGUUUUUUGGUACUUUGCUGGUGGGGAAGGGGACUAAAAAGAGAAUAUAUUAAAUAUACAAAAGAUAAAUAUUUGCACACUAUAUUUUGAUUGUUUUUUUUUUUUUGUACCAAAGAUGAAUGCAACAAAAAUGGCUCGUAGCCAGAUUUAAGUAAGGUUUUGCACAGCUUACCUGACACCGUACUGAAUGUAAAAAAAAUACAUACAUAAAAUAAAAUGGAAAAAAAAAAGUGGGAGGGUUCAAGGAUCCAUUGGACUGUGAAUUUUGCUUAGGUCCAGUUAUACACAGAAAGAAGCAUUCAUUCACUUUUCUGUGGCUUCUGCUGUUCUGCUUGUCGGCUCCUCAAGCUUACAGAUUAAAUGAGAAAAGAGUUUGGGAUUCUUCACCCAAAAUUGUUUUGGUUUUUUGUUUUCCAAGUCUAUUAGGGAAAGCAUUUAAUUGUAUGAUUUUAUUUAGCAUGUUGGUCAGACAUUACCACAAAUAACCAAAAGAUAUAGUAUUUGUAUAGUUUAUAUAUGUAAGAGAAAAGGGUAUACAUACAUUUUAUAUAUGAUAAAUAUUAAGUACUGUAUGUGUAGUAUUUAUAGUAUGUAAAUAAGUAUAUUCAUAGACAUUCACACUCAACUAGGUUGCCACUUUUUCAAUUAAUGUCUUGUUAAACAUGAUACACUUUGAAAGAUCGGUCUUCAAGGAUAAAAUGUUUAAAAUGAGAAAAUAAUCAAUUUUAUAUAUUUUUGUAUAGCUAGCCUUUGCUUUCAUUUUAUAUUGUCCGUGUUGGUUCCUUUUGAGAUUUAUUUAAUGACACUGAGAGCUUUUCCUGGCUGUUUGCACUGUAUAUGAAACUUAGAUGGCAUUAAUAACAUUAACUCGUUCAUAGCUAGAGUUUUUAGUUUUGGUUGUAGAAACUAUGGCAUCUUGCUAAUUUCAAUGCUGUGGCUUUCAUAUAGAAGACAUCACAUUUUCAAUAUUAUUCUGGUUUCUCUUUGCCAUCAGUGUACAGAUGGACACUCUCUGUAUUUGACAGUUGAGGACUAAAAAGCACUUUCUGAACAGUCAGAAUAUUUAAAAAGAAACAUUUUUUUAAAGUCGAUGUCAUUUUUAUUGUGUUUGGCUUAGCGAUUUACAGAUAUUUCCCAUAGAUGCAUACAAAUUCAGCCACCUAAGCUCUUAUUUUCACUUUCAUAUUUUGAGAUCAGAAUGGAUCAGAUAUUAGAUGCCUCUCUGGUUUAAUGCUGCUUUUAACAAAGUUGGCUGAGCUUUGUAUUUUUAAACUGAGUUUGCCACCUACACGAGGGCGCCCACACCUUGUAUAACUUCCAUUAAGAGAUUAAAUGAUAAGAUUAGCUGUAACUAGGUUAAAUCAAUCUGAUUACAUGGUUGAAUAAGACCAUGUUGGACUUUGUUUAUCCAGCAAGUCAAUUCACUUACAGUUUGUUGUGAUGUCAGGUGACUGGCAAAGAGGAAGUUGAGUUUGCUGAACAAUGCCCCAGCUGAGGUCAUUCUCCUCAGAUCGUAAAACAUUCCAAAGUGCACAUACCGUGUUUUCGCAUACCGGCUGAACCAAAUUUAAACUGGCAGGAAUAUCUGGGUUGCGUUCUGACACGUUCCAUCGUUUAGGAAUUGGUCAGAUCAGUUCAGUCUUACCCUGUCCAAAUUGCAGUCUCGCUUUGCCAACAUUCGCGCGAUUAGCACAAUUAGCACGAGUUAGCUGCUGAAAGGGAGAGCAAGUUGGAGUUCAACUUAUUUUUUUAAAUGCUUGAGUGUGAAAGGUACCUUGACUCAAAAGGCUACGUACCAAAACAAUCUCAGCUCAAAGCUGGUUGAGGUUUUGAAGGGGGUAGGCUUGUAUCUCAGAGGGAUUGGUUUAUCUGUAUUUUGGUGCGUUUUCUUGGCGCUAUAACUGGGUAUUUUUCAUCUUGAGAUUAAAAAGCUGUAAUCGUGCAGUUGUAGCAAAAAAAAAAAAAAAAAGAUUUUGAUUUCCACUUGUCUUCUGACGCCCCUGCAUAGAAAAGGCAUAGGCCUAACUUACCUCAUGAUAUUGUUUGAAUUAAUUUAAGAUGGCUUACUUUCUCAGAAACCAGAAUGAUGUUUAAGCAUUGAGGAAAAGUGUGUGUUUGUACGUGUUACAAUUGUUACUUGCAGUGUAGAUGACAUCAUCUAUUCCGUCCAUGGUUUUGUCUUGACCACAGUGUCUCCUUUUGUAAAUAUAAAGUAUGCUAAAAAUGUACUUAUAAUAUUUCUAUAUAAUGAGUUCAUGUAGUGGGUUUAUUAUUACAUGUAAGAUGAAAGAGAAAGCACUUUGUCUUUUUUCUUUGUUAAAAAGCUGCUAUAUCCAACUCACCAGAAUGCUGCAGUGAGCACUGAACUUCAGUGAGCUGACAGAGACCGGAAGAGAGUCUAGAGACAGCAGCCAAUCAAGUUCCUUUGUUCUGAUGAUGACUCGUGAUGAUAUCAUGACUCAUUUGCCUUCAGUAGAGAUUUCCUAUGGAAACCAGAAUCUGCUUUGGCUUCUUCCCUUCAGGUUGAUGUAUACGUGUAUAAAAAAAGAAAAGGUGUUAGGGCAUCUCUUCUGGACGUUUCCACAUGAAUGAUUAUUUUUUCAAUGUACUGGUUAACCCGUUGUUGUUUUUGUGCUCUGUUUGGGGGGGGCGUCUGCUGUGUCUGGAGACUUUUUUGCUAAAUGCUCUCCUCUCUGGAAAGGUGGAAAGGAAAAGCCUAUAUCUGUGUACUGUAUGCGAUAUGCCGUUGGCAGUGGACAGUUUCAUUAGAUGACGAGCCCUGCAGGUGUUUCAUCCGUUCACAAAAGAAAGCCAAGCUUAGGUGUUAAACCCAUUGUUGCGAUGGAAAUGCUUCCUGGCUCUCGUAGUACUGUAAACAACCGAAGCACUUCAGCCUGGCCCUGGCUCAAGGCCUGUGAGGAGGAAACGUUGGCGAGGAGGGGGAUCGGAUGUCGAUGUCGCUUAAGCGUUCUUGAGUUGCAUCUACCGCGUUCUCUAUCACUGUAGCUUCACGAAAAGCAAAGUGUUCUUUGCGUGUCUUUAAAGGAAAUAUUCUUUACAUGAUGAUCAGCUUGACCAUUUAACCUGGAGUGACUCUGUGGCGUUUUAGAGGUCUAGAAAAGGGUUGUGAUUCUAUGCUGUUCACUAUUAUUUCUCUGUACUGAUUGUUAGAGAGCAAGUCAUAAUUUCCUUCAAAGCAAAUACGAUGAUUUGUUCAGUUCACGAUAAAUAAAAUGAACACAGGUUAUAUUCUAUGUUUAUAUAUCUAAAACAGUGGAGUGGGUGCCUUUAGAUAUAUUUUCUUAAUUUCCUUAUGAUUUUGGCAUGCUUACUGUACGUCUGGUGUGUGUGUGUGUGUGUGUGUGUGUGUGUGUGUUUGUCUGUGUCUGUGUGCUUGCUUGCUUGUGUGCGUGCGUGCGUGCGAGUGUGUGUGUGUGUGUGUGUGUGUGUGUGUGUGUGUGUGUAAUAAUGGUGUUGAUGGGGCACUAUGCAGGUUUUAAAGCAUAAUAUUACAUCUUCAGUUUUUCUAGAAUAUUUGUCUUCAGGUAUCUUUGCUUAUUUUGUUUUUUAGAUAGAGGCAUAGGCUUAUGAAAGGUUUGCUUGAAACCAUUAAUCAAUCAGCAUAGUCCUAUGGUUAUGGAAGUGGUGGAUUUGCAGUGUACUGACCUGUUCAAGCGGCUUCUGAAAGUGGUCGUGUGUGAAGUUCACUCAACCACACGCGGUUUCCUGUGAACCGGAGGACCUGGCGGGUCUCACAUUGCCUCUGAAGAAGUCCUGUCUUAAUGUGGUGAAAUAACUUACUACUCUUGAACUGGCAUAGCCUGUGGGACGUUGUUGGUCCUACUACAGGGUCGAUGUUCUUUUCUUGUAUUUCAUCGUACGUUAAAGCGUUGCUUUGAAGCAAAUGUCACCGCAGAGUUCAUACACAUUGCAUCUCCUCCCCCCCCCCCCCAAUUCAUUCCUGUCAGAUGAGGUUACACUCCAAAAUUGUACAGCAUGUCAAGGUUUUUUGUGUGUAGGAAUGAAUAAAGUAGAUAAAUGUAUUUCGUUAGAUAAAGGACUGGGAAUGUGCUUGGCAUGGCUCCUCAUGCAUGUAGACUCGUACUUCCUGCGGUGUUAAGAACCACUGACGGAACCGACCCGACCCGGCCCUGCAUCUGCGCUGGGGGGGGACCGCUGAGGCCCUGGUGACUAUGGCCACAGUAUCUGAAAUAAGGAGAAACUGAAGGUUUUGCACAUACUGCUCACAGUCCAGCCAUUUGGGUUCUAUCCUUUAUCUGGUUUUGAAGCUGUGAAAGUACAAACGGCUACUUUCUAAAAGAAAUACCCCACAAGAUAUUGCACUUGGUUUUGCAAAAAUAUCCAACUUAUUUUUAAUAUAAUGCCUGCUCAAUCAGGUGCCUUACUUAAAAAAUGAGAAUUUAAACUUUAUUUAUUUUUUUCCUCAAGUGUUCUACAUGUUUUAUACCUAAAAGCUUAAACUGAUUUUAGCCCAACAUACCAAGAAUUUCAAUUCUUUUUAUAAUUUAGCUAAAAGCAGUUUUUUGUCUGCGUCAGAUGGACUACAUUGAGCGUUGACCUUACAGAUGAAUGUAGUCUUCCUUCAACGGAUUAACAAUGGCACGACAAAGAACAUUAAAAUGCAAAGAAGUACCACAGACUGUCCAAAGACAACUGCAGACAUUUGACUUUCACAGGAGUUCUCUGUAUGAUCUAUGGUCAGCUGUUUUCUCUGUGCUGUAAAACUGUGUUGCUUUUUUUUGUUAGUUUUUUUCUAAUUCAUGGUCUAAGUAUUUAAUGUAUUUGCAGGUUGUUUUUUUUAUUAUUUCCAUUUAAGAUACAUUUGGCUGUUGCUUUUUGUGUCUUCACCUGUUUUAUAUCCUUAAUUAUCAUUUGUAAUUGUAGGGGUUUUAUUCCUUUUUUAAAUAACAAAAAAAAUCAGCAUGUGCAGCAACAUGAAGAUUUGUUUAUAUGGAAAUUCUGCAGGUCUGUACAACCAGGGCUGUAUCAAAUGGGGUUUUUGUGUGGUUUUUCCAAGAUAAAUAUGUAGAACUUGUUCCGUAAGGGCAGUCUUAAGCACUUCACUGAUAUGUCCCUUCAGAAUUAACCGAGAUUAAUGUGCCUCUUAAUUUAGCUGUACUGUAAACAUUUCAGAUGAAUCUUUCUCAUGGCAGUAUUGCGUACUAACACGGUGGUGGCCUUCAGCAGUUGUUCGUCAGUGAACAAACCUGGUUUUUAAACAGAAAUUCAGAAAACGACGCAUGAGAGAUUGGCAUCGCUAACCUAAGAUGGAGAGGCACAUACUGUAGGCCUUUUUGUCUUCUCUUCCAGACCACUGUGCUGUCGGGCUGUUCGAACAUCGCACGCAUGUUCACACAGCUUCACCGUCUUUUACUGCGUUACCUUCACACAGUACACAGGAAUAUUCAUGAAAUCCGGCCCGCCUUCCGAGUUUAUUGAAGCUUGCUGACUUCUCUGAACAGGGUGGCCACUCAAUUCCCUUUAACAGUCAAACAAAUGUGCUUAUUCUUAUUGCGAUGGACUAUAAAAUGAAUAGGAAAAUGAAGGCUGGAAUCGUAUCCUGUUACCUCCGGUGGUGUGACUGUGCUGAAUCUGUAAAGUGCUGGAACGGUUUCUUGUCGUACGUCUCUAGUCAUGUGUUGUUACCAUGGCUGCUCCAGAAUCUGUUCAAGCUACUUGGAUAUCAGUGUAAAGCGUCAGGGUUCUCUGAGAUAGCCGGGGCUUUGGGAAAUAGCCGACGUGUAAGGUGAUUGACGUAUUUUCCAGUUGAUCAGUUAACCGGAUGACUGAAAGUUACCGUAUUGGUGCUUUAUUUAAGAAUGUGGUGAUGGUGAGGCUGUAGCCUACAGGGUCAUUGGGAUGGGCGGACCAUCCAUACUGAUUAAAAAUAAGAAAACAAAAAAAAACCUUUACCAAGCACACAGACUCAUUUGUUAUUCAGGAGUUACAUUUCCUUCCAAACUUGAAACAAAGUCAGAAUACCUAACAGCAAUAUCAACGUGACGUCGUGAAACAAAUGUUACGUGAAUGUUUGUUUUUUGGCAUUCAUCAGUAACAGAAAAAAAUAUAUAUAUACACGUGUAUUACUUCAAAACCACAAAACUGUUCAACUGUUAUGCAUCUGUGGAACAUUUGAUUUUUUGGGGGGAAAUCAAGAAACCUCACCCUCUUCUAAAAACACACAGUACCCUUGUUGUUAUGCUUCUAAUGUUGUAUGGUAUACUACUUGAGAACUAGCAUGGGGUUUUUAGGUAACUAGUAGUGUGUGUGUACUCCCAAAGUGUAGCCUUGUUCACAGUAGGAAGACUGUAUUUCAUUGCUAAGUGCUCUAUUGAAGAUUUUCUGGUGACAUUUUUAAGCGAUUCUGCAGAUGUGCAUCCUGCUGAGAGUAUCUUGAUCCUAUUAGUCAGGUCUACACUAUCUUCGUAAUUCACAUAUGCCUGUUCAAGACAAUAUCUAAACCGCUGUUAUGUUUAUGUUGUUUUACCGUCGUGCUGGUUUUCUGCUUUUAUGUUUUGAUGUUUCUUUCCUUUUCCUGAGGCACAAUUUGUCAGAUCAGAACUGUUUUGGAUUAUAUGCCUUGUGUGUGUGUACAGAGGUAGAACAAGCAGUUAAAUCUUAAUUGAUUUAAAAAAUGUGUUUAUUUUGUUAUUGUGCCUCGUUUUUGUUUUAUCGUUAUUAUUAAAUAUCAGUGUAUUUCACAGCAUUGUGUCAACCAGGUACCACAUUUGCUUGUAACCAUAACUGUCUAAUUCUAUAAUUGAUUUCAUUAUUAAAAAUAAACUCUAAAAAAACA